GAGAAAUGGUGGUUCAAAAGUGUGGUAAAUUUCUCUUUGAGAAAUCAAAACAAUGGCUGUUCAUUACACAAUUCUCAGUUUAAAACUCGUUUUUCUGAUUGCUGUUUUUGUCUUCACUGUUGAGGGUGAUGGGGUUGGGAAUAAUCAGCAAUUUGAUCUCUUGGUUGAGGAUACAACUGAGAAUCAUUUGAGUCAUGGGUUUGAUGGAGUGGUUGAAAAGGAAGAUGAUCCAUGGAGUAUGGUGGAGACAAGGCAGAACCAGUUUGUAGUAGAUGGCCAACCGUUCUAUGUUAAUGGUUUCAACACAUACUGGUUGAUGAUAUUUGCAGCAGAUCAAUCCACGAGAGGAAAGGUCACAGAGUUGUUUAAACAAGCUGCUUCUGUUGGUUUAACAGUUUGUAGGACAUGGGCAUUCAAUGAUGGCCAGUGGAGAGCUCUUCAAAAGUCUCCUUCUGUGUAUGAUGAAGAAGUCUUCAAGGGAUUAGAUUUUGUGAUUAGUGAAGCAAAGAAGUAUAAGAUAAGACUUAUAUUGUCAUUAGCAAACAAUUGGGAAGCAUAUGGUGGCAAAGCACAGUAUGUGAAAUGGGGGAAAGCUGCUGGCCUCAACUUGACAUCUGAUGACGAUUUCUUCUCUGAUUCAACUCUCAGAAGCUACUACAAGGCUCAUGUUAAGACGGUGCUUAAUAGAGUGAAUUCAUUCACAAAUGUCAUGUACAAAGAUGAUCCAACCAUUUUCGCCUGGGAAUUGAUGAACGAACCUCGUUGCACGUCGGAUCCUUCUGGCGAUAAACUUCAGGGAUGGAUUCAAGAAAUGGCUGUGUAUGUGAAGAGCAUGGAUCCAAAGCACUUACUGGAAGUUGGUUUGGAGGGAUUUUAUGGCCCAUCCACACCCAACAGAGUUCAGUUCAAUCCAAAUACUUAUGCUCAACAAGUUGGAACUGAUUUCAUCAGAAACCAUAAAGUUCUUGGUGUUGAUUUUGCUUCAGUUCACAUUUAUGCAGACACAUGGGUUUCUCAAACGAUCUCGGACGCCCAUCUUCAAUUCACAAAAUCAUGGAUGGAGGCUCAUAUAGAGGAUGCAGAAAAGUACCUCGGAAUGCCAGUCAUUUUCGCCGAGUUCGGGGUCUCGUCGAAAGAUCCUGGAUACAACUCGAGUUUCCGAGAUGCAUUCAUUAACUCAGUGUACAAGACCCUGUUGGAUUCAACAAAGAAAGGAGGGAGUGGGGGAGGAAGCCUGGUAUGGCAGCUAUUUCCUGAAGGAACUGAGAACAUGGAUGAUGGUUAUGCAAUUGUGCUCUCCAAAUCUCCUUCAACCUCAAACGUUAUAACUCUGCAAUCUACAAGGUUGUCCCUCUUCAACUCCAUGUGUUCCAUGAAAUGCCGUUGGGGUUGCAAGAAGAAAAAUGCUAUGGAUCUCCUCUUUCUCGGCCACCAUGAUCAUGAUCUGUAAAUGAACUCGUCGCCAAGUAUAUAGGUAUCCGAUCCUUAUAGAUUAUCUGGAAGGGUAUACAUGAAUUCCAUGUAUCAUAAAUAACGAACUUUCUUCCUUGUAUGAUCUUGCUUUUAAAAUAUAGAAGUUUGAAUUAUCAUCUCUUAUUCUAA